UCAUAGCACUUGCGCAUGCACCAAGCAGCCAGCUGCAGCGCCUCCGGUUUCUGCUUCUUUAGCUAGCAGAGCAGAGUCGCUAAUCUUUACCUUGCUGGACGAGAAAAAAACAUUCAACAUCUGGAGGGAAACCGUUGGAUCAAGAGGAAACUUCUGGGAGACGAACCGAAGCCCACAGAAUGCCAAAUAUCUGACUGAAAGAUGUCUCAGCAGGUUAGCAUGGAAGCCAGCAGCAUCCUGCCCGUUCUCAAGAAGAAGCUGGCCUUCUUGUCAGGUGGCAAAGACCGGCGCAGUGGUCUGAUUCUGACCAUCCCUCUUGGCUCUGAUCAGACCAGCAUGGAGGAGCUGAGCGACUCACUGGACUAUCUGCUCAGCAUCCCGAGUGACAAGUGUAAGGCACGUGGUUUCACUGUCAUUGUGGACGGCCGCAGGUCGCAGUGGAACACGGUCAAGACAGUGGUGCUCAUGCUGCAGAAUGUCAUCCCUGCUGAGGUGUCGCUGGUGUGCGUGGUGAAGCCUGAUGAAUUCUGGGACAAGAAAGUGACGCACUUUUGCUUCUGGAAGGAGAAAGACCGUCUGGGCUUUGAGGUGAUCCUGGUCUCGGCCAAUAAGCUGACUCGCUACAUUGAACCCUCUCAGCUGACGGACGACUUUGGAGGAAGUUUGGACUACGACCACAGUGACUGGCUCAGCAAGAGACUGGUGUUUGAGAAGUUCACCAAGGAGUCGACAUCACUGCUGGAUGAGUUGUCAAUUAUUAAUGAAGGUGACAAGAGCGCCGACAAGGACAAGUCAGCUGACAGUAUCCUCCUUCCGUCUUUUGACCCAGAGACUGUCCUCCAGACUGGUCAUGAGCUUUUGUCAGAGCUGCAGCAGAGACGUUUCAACGGUUCAGAGGGAGGAGGAGGUGGAGCAGGAGGACAAGGACAAGGAGGUCCAACAUGGCGGCCAAUGGAGGAGGAGCUUUUGGCCCAGCCUCAGGUCAUGAAGCUGUUGGACUCACUCAGGGAGCAGUACACCCGCUACCAGGAGGUGUGUCGCCAACGCAGCAAGCGUUCGCAGCUGGAAGACAUCCACGCCAAAGUCAUGCAGGUGGUCACAUGGUUGCAGGGUCCGGGCUCGGAGCUGCUGAAGACACACCAGGCCAUUGGAGACUCCAUACGAGCAGCGCAGGCCCUGCAACAGAAACAUGAAGAGAUCGAGAGCCAGCACAGUGAGUGGUUCGCCGUCUACGUGGAACUGAACCAGCAGAUCGCUGCCUUGCAAAGCGGCGUCGAGGAAGAGGAAGUGGCCGAGCUGAAGGCGCUGCAGCAGCAGCUGAGCGACGUCUGCUACCAGCAGGCGGCGCAAUUGGAGAGCCGACAGAAUGUCCUGCAGGCAGCGCAUAGCUUCCAUGGCGCCGCACAGGAGCUGUCCCAGCAGCUGGACGGUCUACUGGGCAUGCUCUGUGCAGAUGUGGCAUUGGCGGACGGCUCUGCCAUUCAACAAAACCUCAAACUGCUGGAGGAGAAGCUUCAGAGCGUGGAGGCGGGGCUUGCAUCACUGCGUCAGAAAGGGGAACUCUUGAUGGAGCAGAUGUGCAGCCAAACCUCAUGGCCGCUGGAGGAGGGCGAAAGUCCAGCAGGAGAGCAGCAGGAGAAUGUCCAGCAAAUUCACGCUGUCAUGGAGGAGAUGCAACUACGUAAACAGAGGUGUGAGGACAUGGUGGACGUGAGGAGGCUGAAGAUGCUUCAGAUGGUCCAGCUGUUCAAAUGUGAAGAAGAUGCUCUGCAGGCAGUGGAGUGGCUUGGCGAGCUGCUGGACGCUCUGCUGAAGACGCAUGUGAGACUUGGCGAUGACUCCCAAGAGACUAAGUCCAUGUUGGACAAACACAGAAAGUUUGUGGACGUAGCUCAGAGCACAUACGACUAUGGCCGCCAGCUGCUUCAGGCGACAGUGGUGUUGUGUCAGUCACUGCGCUGCACCACACGCUCGUCCGGCGACACCUUACCCAGACUCAACCGCGUGUGGAAGCAGUUCAGCGUCAGUGCCGAUGAGCGGCAGCAUCGCUUGGAACUCGCGCUUGAUUUCCACAACGCUGCCGAGCGGGUGUUACAGGAGCAGCAUGUGGAGGCGGAGUCUCUGGAUGACGUCGACACUUCAGGGAAAACUCUGUUGGACAGACUGAGCAUGCCUGUAAUUUUCCCAGAUGGGAGCGAGCAGUGUUUUGGGAGUCCGGUUGACACAGCGGCGGCAGCUGAAGGCAUCAGAGAGCGCCUCUUGCUGGUUGAAGAGCGGCGGCUGCAGCUGCAAGAGGCAGAAGUUGGCGAGCGGGGGGAGGGGCUUCACGGGUUGGAUGUCAUCGGGGAGGAGCUCAGCGAGAAGGAGGAGCCAGAUGACGAUGACAAUGACGACGAGGAGGAAGAAGAAGAAGAAGAGGAAGCAAGGCCACAGGAUGAGGCAUCGGAGCGGGAGUACUGACUGGUUGUAGCUGGUUGGCUGAGGCAGCUAAUUGAUACGAACAGCCGCUUUUCUCUGCUUCCAUUAAACGAGACCCUCCUUCCCAGCAUGCUCCUUGUUUUGAUGAGGGGCCGGGGCUUGACCACAUUUCCUGCCUGUGUGCCUCUCCCCCUUGUUGCUGUCAUGUCAACUCUUAUUCAUGGAUGAAGCAGUAGUGUGCUUGGAAGGGGUUGGGGUGACAUUUGAUGAGCCAAUCAUUGUGAUCAAACCUAAUCUGUCUGGCCCCUGCCCCACAGGACUGAGUUGAACUUUGACCUCUGCUGGCCUGGUGUUUUUUUUAUAAAUGCGUUUGUUUUAAUUUAUUUGACUUUUUUUAAGCAGACUUCCUCAAAUGUUGAAUGUGUUGACUUUGCUUGCUUGAGCUUCUCCCAUGACAUUAAUAUUCAUGACAUUAUUGCGACAUCAUAAAAAUAAAGAAGCUUUUUUUUAAGAGGCUUCAGAAUCCUAGGAAAUA